CCCAUCUCAGCCUUAUGACAUGCAAACACAUGUUGUUCUCUGCUGGGUUUUCUUCUGUCGGCUGAAGGGACCAGUGGCAGUAUCACAGGGCUCAUAGUGGACACUGGGAUGGUAUGGACCUGCCUUACCAAGGAUAAUGCUCCUACUCUCCUCGGGACUGUAAAUCCACUGGAAUUCUCUCUUCUUGUUGUCUCUCUCUUCAGCUGGGGUCUGGGUUCUGGGUUCUGGAGUCUGGGGUCUGGGGUCUGGACAGUUCAUCUUUCCCUCCUCAACAACCUCUCCUGCACAGUGUCUCAGACACAGGAAACAUUGGCCAGAACUGACCACCGAGGCUUCAUGAUAGGAUCUCCAACCCGUUACCAUGGCGAUGUGUGAAAGACCAGUAGACACUCUUCCAGUCAGUCAUCAACCCCCUCACAGACACGGACAGACUCUGGACACAGUGACCGUUCUACUGGAGGAUAUACAGGGUCACCGUGAGGUUGAAGGUCAGGGUCAGGGGGUUGAGGUUACCUCUGUAGUGCAGUGUUGUGAUGGCCUGAGCCCCAUGUCCACACCACCUCCCCUGGGGGAAUCAGGAGACCCAGAGCCCAUGAACAGUGGAUCUACUCAGGCUCAAACCACAACGAACAGAGAUCUAGAUGAGGUGGACAUGGACCAUACGCAUCCCUGUGAAGCAGAUCCCAUAGAGAGUGGACUGACCCUGGAUCAGACGUGGGACAUGUACGAGGUGGACCAAACCUCCACGAUGAGCUGUGAUACUGAGGUGGAGCUUGGGACGGGGACUGAGACUACUCCACACAUACAGGUGUGUCCUACAGAGUCUGGUCUGGUCACAGAGGUGAAUGGACGCUCUGGGAAACAACAUGGUAGAGAGCCUGUAGAGGAGAGGGAGAGGCCUAAGGAGACCCCUUCUCCACCCUCCUCUCCAGUCUCCUCUCUGCCCCUCUCUCCUGGCCAGACUCUGGGACAUGUUGCCCUUGAUACCCCCCAGGAAAGGUGUCUAGAUGCCCCAGGGCCAGGCAAGGGUAGUUCCAUGGACCUGUUCUGUAUCGUAAAACACAAACCCAGCGCUAUCGUGUUCUCUGGAGACGACAACAUCGACAACGUCAGCCCAACUAGAGUCUUCGUCACCCAGAGCCUCGAUGGAGAGGAGUCUCUCUCGGGCGAUGAGGAUGAGGGUGGCGAUGAUGUGGAGGAGGAAGAGGAGGAAGAGAAGGAUGAAGAGAUCCCUGAACUGCCGCAGUAUAAGGAGUUCCUAGUCAGCCAUCGCCGUAGAAACGUGAGCAGGAACAGGAAGAGGCAGAGGAAAGGACAGGAACUCCCGCCCACUGGCUCUCUGAUUGACCUGGGCUCCACCAAUAAGACCAGGUUAAAGGCCAAGCAGGAAGAAGAUGAGGAAGAGGAGGAGGAGGAAGAAGAGGCUGAAAGGAGACGGGCACGGUCCCCGUGGUGUGAUUCUAUGAGUCAGCUGAUGAGGAAGUUGGAUCAGCUCAAUCUGGACAUACAGGAAGCACUCAGCGCUGCUAGCUCCUCCCACUCUGACAACGACCAACCAGAAACACAACAACCAGAACUGAGUGCUCCUGCACUGGGAAGGAUGAUAAGCAGAGGCCUGGUCCACGACCACAAUACCUCCAGGCCUUCUAACAGACCCCCAGAGAGCAGCGUGUCCAGCUCCAGACAACGUUCUCGUCCCCUGGCCCGCAGCAGACCCCUGAUCCGUUCCUCCCUACACUCCCCCUCACACCUCCAAUACAGACGGAGAACCGGUGAAAACAGGAUGACCAGCCAAUCAGAAGAGAUCGAGGCCAAGGAGGCUUGUGAUUGGCUGAGGGCUGCAGGGUUCCCACAGUAUGCCCAGCUCUACGAAGACUCCCAGUUUCCUAUAGAUAUCUUGUCAGUGAAGAGGGACCAUGAUUUCUUGGACAGGGACCUGGUGGAACCUCUGUGUCGACGUCUUAACACUCUGAACAAGUGUUGCUCCAUGAAACUAGACGUCAGCCACCCCAGGAAGAAAACUGAUGAUUCAGACGACGAUGACCCGCUAGCCAUCAGUAAGAGAUGGACCUUUGAAUGGAACAGCCGGCGCUGGUCCCGCCUCCAGGACAUGCACUUCCUGCUGGGCUCGCCCAAUGAGAGCAGUCCUGAGGGGUGCCAGGGGGAGGGGCGACUGAGGAGCACAGUGAGCAGUGAGAGCGUCCUGACGGACCUGAGUGAACCAGAGAUCACGGAUAUAUCCUCUCUGCACAGUCAAGACUCUCUGGGAGCCAUGCUUCCUGACUCUGUCUCUAUGGUCUCACUGGCAGGACCCUACCAGCCCCCAAGAGACCUGUCCCACUACAACUCUCUACCAAUCAAAAGCAGCCGUCACGGCCAGGGAGGGCGGAGUCCGGCAAAGGCCUUCCUGCGUCGCAUGGAGAUGAUGCGUACCUGGGGGCCGUCCUCCAAGAGGAAGUCAGGAAGUGGGCGGGCGCCGCUCGUCAUCAGUGGGCCGGUCCUACAUGGGGAGGAGCCCCAGGCAUUACAGAUGCUCCACUGUGUUCCCAUCAAUCAAUCAGAGGACAGUCCUCAUCCUCCCCACCAAUCAGAUGACAACUCGUCCCCUAUCGCCCUCGGUAAUGGCAGCAAGGGCCAAUCGGUGACGAGCGGUGUGAGUUCCAUGCGUCCCUGUGUGAAGGAUUCUGUCUCCAAGCCUAAAAGAGGAAGUAUGUACCUGGAAGACAUGGAGCUGCUCUCUGGCGCCCCCCAUGUUCGGAGGACUGAAGCACAACAGAGCCCGUUCAGCAGGAACCACUUCCGUUCAUACGAGGACCUGCUGGUCCACAUCCCCAAGAACCACAAACCAGGCACCUUCCCCAAAGCCUUGUCUAUAGAGAGUCUAGCCACAGCCACCAACCACCAGCACCAGACCCCUUCUCCCUCCCCACUCCACCCCAGCAAAGGCUCCCUCUGGACGGGUACGGCUCUGUCCAAGAAGCCUCCCUGUCCUGGAGCUCCGCGGGGCAGCAGGGUGAGUGUGUAUGAUAACGUCCCCGGGUCUCACCUGUACGCGUCCACAGGUGACCUGCUGGAUGUGGACCGAGACGAUCACCUGUUCCCCCACCUGGAUGACAUCAUCAGUCACGUCAGCGGCCUGCAGCAGAUUGUAGACCACUGGAGUCGCAGCAUGCUGACGGAGGGUGGGGUGGGGGAGGAGGGGGAGAGGACCACACCCAGUGAGGGGGAGGGAGAGGGGAGGACCACGCCCAGGGAGGGGGAGGGAGAGGGGAGGACCAUGCCCAGUGAGGGAGAGAGAGACGGGGUCUCCCUGAUUGACAUAGAGUCUACAGGGACCAGAGAGAGGAGAGACUCAGGAGUAGGAGCUUCCCUUACCAGACCACGGUGAGUUCUGCGGUGGCCGAGCUUCCGCCUCCCUGAAAAUCUGCGCCAAUCAGGCUCCGCACUGCAGAUCAGUAGCCAAUCAGCAGGCCAGCUCAGCCUGCUCCAGAAGUUCUCUCUGCUCCGACUCACAGCCAUCAUGGAGAAUUACUCCAUGUCUAACAAACACGGCUGGACCUGGUCUGUCCCUAAGUUUAUGAAGCGUUUGAAGGUCCCUGACUACAAGGAGAGAAGUGUGUUUGGUGUUCCCCUCAUCGUUCACACACAGCGCUGUGGUUACCCUCUACCUCUUUGUCUACAGCAGGCCCUGAGACAUCUCAGGACGCACUGUCUUGACCAGGUGGGUCUGUUCCGUAAAUCUGGUGUGAAGUCUCGUAUCCAGGCGUUGAGAGAGGAGUGUGAGACCAGUCCUGACAGUGUGUGUUACGAGGACCAGUCAGCGUACGAUGUAGCAGACAUGGUUAAACAGUUCUUCAGAGACCUUCCUGAACCUCUACUGACCAGCAAGCUGGGAGAGACCUUCCUACACAUCUACCAAUAUGUCCCUAAGGAGCAGAGGUUGCAGGCCGUGAGGGCGGCCAUCUUGCUGAUGUCAGACGAGAACAGGGAAGUGCUCCAGACGCUGCUCUGCUUCCUGCGUGAUGUCACUUCCUGUGUAGAGGAGAACCAGAUGACCCCUAUGAACCUGGCUGUGUGUCUGGGCCCCUCCCUGUUCCACCUCAACAUACUGAAGAAUGACAACCUGUCCCCCAGGUCGAUCCAGAAGAAGUAUGCUACGGGCCGUCCGGACCAGAAGGACCUGAGUGAGAACCUUGCCGCCACACAGGGCCUGGCUCACAUGAUCACUGAGUGCCAGCACCUGUUUGAGAUCCCACAGGACAUGGUAAGCCGGUCCCAUAACUCCUACAUGGAGGCUGAGUUACUAGCGCCCCCUCUGGACGAGCUGCGUAAGACACAUGACGAGGAGGACGAGGAAGAGGAGGAGGAGGAGGAGGAAGGAUCCUACCACACACACAUGGAGGGGCUGGUCCAGGGACUACUAAAAGAGGCCAGAGACAACAGCAAAGGAUGGGUAUCCCGGGCUACCACUGACCACACUGAACUGGCCUGCAAAAAGGUGGGUGAUGGUAACCCACUGCGGCGGUGGCGUGUGUGUGUGGAAGUGUGUGCGAAGCCCAGUGAGGUGUUGGAGAGGCUGCUGCGGGAGCGCCCCCUGUGGCAGACAGACGUACUGCAGGAGAAGGUUCUGGUUACCCUGGGCAGACAGACAGACAUCUACCAGUACAGCUUGCAGAGCAUGGCCCCACACCCCAACACUGACUACGUAGUACUGAGGUCGUGGCGUAGCAGCAUUUCUAAGGGUUGCUGUGUGUUGGUGUGUGUAUCAGUGGACUAUGAGGACAGUCCAGCCAUGGUGUCAGUCAGAGGAGUGAUUCUAGAAUCACAGUACCUUCUAGAACCCCACGGAACCGGGAAGUCCCGACUCACACACAUCUGCAGAGUCGAUCUGAAGGGCAGGUCUCCAGAGUGGUACAACAAGGUGUUUGGUCACCUGUGUGUCUCUGAGGCCCAGAGGAUCCGUUCCUCCUUCCUCCCUCCAGACCCCCCAGGCACCGAGACCAAGAUCUGAACCCCAGGACCAGGGCAUGAGGCUGGGCUACACCGCCAGGGAGCACGGCCCCAAGGACCAGAAGACCAGAGAGAAGUUGCUGUAAAAAAACGCAGGAGAACAGGACGGCUAGAACCGUGGACCUUCGAAGCUUGGACCUAGAUUCAUGGACCUAGAAACUUGAACAAAAGGGCUAGUUCCAUGGACCUAGAACCAGGGAACCUAGAACCAGGGAACUGGGGAAGCAGGAGGGAAGACUAGUUUGACCUAUAACUAGGAACCAGGGUUCUGGAUGCAGCGACCUAGAACCACGACUGGUGAUAGAAAAUGUAGAACCAGGAAAUAUGGAACAAUCUAUCAGGGAUUCUUAAACUAUUUCAGAAAUUGACUGUCCUCCCAUGAUCCAAAUCGUCCUCCAACGACCCAAGUUAAGAAGAAAUAGUGUGUGAUGAUAGAUGUAUUCUUAUAACUCACGACCCACCUCUCACAUGCCCAGGGACCCACUUUGGGUACCGACUCAUAGUUUAAGAAACCCUUUUCUAAACCUUGGAACCAGAGAUUUGGAACAAUCUAAUGUAGAACCAGUGACACUGAACAAUAUUGAACUUGGAACAAGGGAUACGGAACAAUCUAGAACUUUGAACCAGUGACACUGAAUAAUCUAGAAUUCAGAACCAGGAAUAUGGAAUGUUCUAGAUUGAAUUUGAAGACAGAUCUGGGUCCAGAUUCACAAAACCAAGAAGCUGCUUAAGAACGAAAAUAAGAAGUUCAUAAAAUUCCAAUUCCUCCACAAUAUUUCAAGAUUUAAUAAUUCUCUUACGAACUCCUCAAAUAUCUUCAUACAAAACUUCUUAAAAUGUUUGUUGCUAGGCAACCGGUUUAAGCUAGCUAUCUAGCUAACAACGGUAAUCAUGUUAGCAUAUUUCCUACUGAGAUUACUGUUCUUCAACAUGUUUUUUUGGGGGUUUAAAAUAAUCAAUACUGAAACUUUCAGUUGAAGUUUGUGAAUGAAUUAAACAGGUUCAAUUGCUUUCAUGAGAUUUUUCUCUCACUGCCCAGAGUUUAAGAUGAGGGUUUAUCUAUCUUGGAGUUAAGAACAAAUCCUAAAACAUCCCAAAACUGAAUUUUCAAGAGUCUAAUUUCUUCUUAACCUUUUUUGCUUCAGGAGAAAAUGUUUUAAAAAAAUACCCAUAACAUUUGUUAGUAAACUUUUUGAGAAAUAUCAACUUUACUUAAUUUUCUUCAUAAAUUUACAGUUAAGGGGGAAAAAUGGCAGUUGAAAGGUCAUUUCUUCUUAAAGAAGGUUUUGUGAAUCUGGGUCCCUGGUUCGUAAAGCUUUAUCUCUGCUCUCAGCAUCACUGUCAGUUUAAACUACUA